AUGGUCACUGAAAAGGAAUCCGAGGAAGCCGAUGCACAGUCGCAACAAGAACAGCUAUCUUUUCUCAAGCGGCAUUUUUACAGAACGACCAUAGUGUCUGGUGCUGGUGAUGAUGGAAGUAACGCAGAACCAGUUCGUCGUUUCUCGGUGCUAUCUCGAGGGUUUCUUACACUGGCGGCACUAUUUUGUCUGGCUAUAGUGGUCACUCUCGUUGCGGUCCUAGCUACGCUACUCGUACGACAUAAGCACGUGGAGCAAGAAAUUCGCAGGUCUCCUGUCCAAGAGGCAAUAUUUGCCAAUUUUGCAGAUCCGAUGGUGCUCAAACAUGAGGACUUGUUCUACGCGUUCGCUACAACCAAUGCAGCAGGUAUCCUCGCACAAUCAAAUGACACAGCCGCUCAAGAGAUUCUUGCUCUCGGCAAAAGCAAUGUGCAAAUAGCGACAAGCCCGAAUUUCAAGGACUGGACUUUACUGAACCAUACACACGACCCCCUUCCACAGUUGGGCGACUGGGUCAGGCCCGGACUCACGGUCAAUCUGAACCCAAAGGCAAAUGUUUGGGCUCCGGCUGUCAUCAAGAGACCUAGUGAUGGCAAGUUCGUACUUUACUAUUCUGCUGCAUCAGCAGAUUCUCCAGAGAACGCACCACGGACAUCUCAUUGUGUUGGAGCAGCAGUCUCGAAUACAUCUUCACCAGCAGGCCCAUACAUGCCAUUGAACGGGACCAUCGCUUGUCCUAUCGAUCAAGGCGGCGCCAUCGAUCCAUCUCCCUUCAUCGAUACAGACGGAUCGUUCUAUGUCACGUACAAGGUCGAUGGUAACAACAUCGGGCAUGGCGGAGAAUGUGGCAACAUGGUCAAGCCUCUCGUACCCACGCCUAUCAAGCUGCAAAAGAUGAUGACGGAUGGUGUCACACCAGAUGGCUCCGACAUCACCAUCCUCGAUCGCACGGAUGAUGACGGUCCACUCGUAGAAGCACCAGUCAUCGUCAGAAGUCCAGAAGGAAUCUACUUCCUCUUCUUCUCAUCUGGAUGUACUCGAAACCCUUCUUACGAUGUGAAGUACGCGACUGCAAACGACGUUCGCGGCCCUUAUCAACGAGCAAAGAAGCCUCUGCUGAGGACAGGCGACUUCAACCUGACUGCACCUGGGUCAGUCGGUGUCAUGGAUUUGGAAGACGGCACGUUUGGAAUGGUCUUCCACGCUCGAGUUCAGGCAUCGUACGGAAAAGUGCGAGCUAUGUACACUUCGGCUUUCAAAUUCAAUGGGACCGAAGUCAUGUUAGUUAAGAAGAUCUAG